CGGAAGAACAAGCAGAGAGGACGAUGGCACGUCCAUUUUUAAAACUGCUACUGUUUUCUGCAGUGCCUAUCUUCUGCUUUCUGCGUUUCAGCCAUGCCUCUCUCUCGUACAACUUCUACGAGAGGACGUGCCCUCAGUUAGACUCCCUGGUCAACAGAGCAAUGGCAGCAAUCUUCUUAGACCUCACUGCUCCUUCUGCACUCGUUAGGCUCAUGUUCCAUGACUGCCAAGUUCAGGGCUGUGAUGCAUCCAUACUGUUGGACUCCGGCGGCGGAAACGUGAGAACGGAGAUGCUGUCGGGUAAAAACUUCGGCAUUAGGCAGAGAAGCUCUAUUCAGAUGAUGAAGGAGGCGGUGGAGAGCGAGUGCCCAGGCCAGGUUUCGUGCGCAGAUCUGAUCGUCAUGGCCGCCAGCAAGUCGGUGACUGUAUCGGGGGGGCCAAGAAUCGACGUUCCCCUCGGAAGGAAGGACUCUACCACGGCUAAUAACUUGUUAGCCGAUAGCCAUCUCCCACCGGCUUCGAUGUCUGUUGACGAUUUGCUCAAUCUUUUCUCUUCCAUGGGCAUGAAUAUGGAGGAAGCUGUUGCUAUGCUAGGAUCUCACACACUUGGAGUUGGGCACUGCAUAAACAUAGCAGACAGACUGUAUGAACCCAAGGGAGAUGACUACAUGAGCUCAAACUAUGGCGCUUACCUUAGCUUCAUGUGCCCUACCAGGGUUCCCCUCACCAACUUGACUGCCCUCCCCAAUGACCUCACCCCUACCCUCUUUGACAACCAGUACUUCAGGAACAUACUAGCCGGAAGAGCACCCUUCACCAUUGAUUCAAGGAUAGCGACCGAUCCCCGCACGUCGGCAAUCGUGGCCCAUUUCGCCGGCAAUCAGGAGCACUUCUUCCAGGCCUUCUCCUCUGCUUUUUUAAAGCUCUCAUAUCAUGGAGUUCUCACUGGGGAUAGUGAAGGGGAGAUCAGGAGGCAAUGCAAUCAAGUAAAUUGAGUUUGGCGUAUUGGUGGUAUGUGUGUGUGUGUGUUUGUGAGAGAGAGAGAGAAUCUUUCUAAAUUGCUUAAGGAAAGUAGCUCUUUGAGUGUGUUAAAUGGCUUAGAGUUAUAGAUGUCAAGUAAAGAAAACAUCAAAGAUUAGUUUAAUUCAUAGUAGAUUAUGUAACAUAAAAGGCCUAUAUAUCACAGUGUACAAUAUGGAAAUACAUGUGGAUGAAAACUUAUUUAUGCUUAUUACGAUAAUUAUUGGA